CCCUCUUUCCUCUCCUUCCCCUCGCCGCCUGCCCAUCCGCGUUGCUUCCCGCAAGUUCGCUCUCCACCGCCCAGUCUCGUGUCUUUCUCUCGAUCAUCUCUCAUCUCGAUCUCUGUUUCUCUCUUUCGCUGCUCGUCCGUCGCCACGCUUUCUGCCUCCCUGUCAACGCGAUCCAAUUCAUCACACCAUGAGAGGCGAGGUCUGCCAUAUUCAUAUCGGCCAGGCUGGCACCCAGCUCGGUAACAGUGCUUGGGAAUUGUACCUGCUCGAACAUGGAUUGAAGGCUGAUGGUCGCCCUGACCCUGAGGCCAGCGACAUUGGCGAAGCCGGCUCCUUCGGAACCUUCUUCACUGAGACCGGAAGCGGUAAAUAUGUCCCACGAUCUAUCUUCGUCGACCUGGAUCCAUCUCCCAUCGAUGAGAUCCGCACUGGCCAAUACCGACAGCUCUUCCACCCUGAGAUGUUGAUCAGUGGAAAGGAGGAUGCUGCUAACAACUAUGCUCGUGGCCACUACACAAUUGGAAAGGAACUGGUUGAGAGCGUCAUCGAUCGCAUUCGUCGCGUUGCCGACAACUGCUCGUCCCUUCAAGGUUUCUUGAUCUUCCACUCCUUUGGCGGUGGUACCGGUUCUGGUUUCGGUGCUCUCCUUUUGGAGCGCCUUUCCACCGACUAUGGCAAGAAGUCCAAGCUUGAAUUUGCUGUCUACCCGGCUCCUCGUCUCUCCACUGCCGUCGUCGAGCCAUACAACGCCGUCCUCUCUACGCACAGCACAAUCGAAAACUCUGACUGCACCUUCCUUGUCGACAACGAGGCCGUCUACGAUAUCUGCCACCGCAACCUAGACAUUCCUCGCCCCGGUUACGAGCACCUUAACCGUCUCAUCGCCCAGGUUGUCAGCUCCAUCACCUCUAGCUUGCGUUUCGACGGUGCUUUGAACGUCGAUUUGAAUGAAUUCCAAACCAACUUGGUGCCGUAUCCUCGUAUUCACUACCCUCUGAUCAGCUAUGCUCCAGUUGUCUCCAGCAACCGCAGCUCUCACGAGAGCUUCAAGGUUCAUGACUUGACCUUCCAAUGCUUCGAGCCCAACAACCAAAUGGUCGUCUGCGAUCCCCGCAACGGAAAGUACAUGGCUGUUGCCCUCCUCUACCGUGGUGAUGUCGUGCCCCGCGACUGCAAUGCUGCUAUUGCUUCGCUCAAGGCCAAGACAUCGUUCAACUUGGUUGAAUGGUGCCCAACUGGAUUCAAGCUUGGCAUCAACUUCCAGAAACCAAUGCGCGUUCCCGGAGGCGAGCUCGCCCCUGUUGACCGCUCCGUCAGCAUGCUUUCCAACACAACUGCUAUCGCCGAAGCCUGGAGCCGUCUUGACCACAAGUUCGACCUCAUGUACUCCAAGCGUGCUUUCGUUCAUUGGUACGUUGGUGAGGGUAUGGAAGAAGGUGAAUUCUCUGAGGCCCGUGAAGACCUUGCUGCCUUGGAGAAGGACUACGAGGAAGUCGCCAGCGACAGCUUGGAGGCUGAGGUUGACGAUGGCGUUGAGUACUAAGCAUGAUCAUGAUAACCCACUUUGUCCGUCUCUUGUUUGGGAGCCCGCCUUUUUACUCCAGAAUACUUUGAUUUUUUGCUUUGUCAGAGACGAUAAAGUUGAUAUCCAGUACAAACAUUUGAUAAUUUCACCUUGAUGAAAAAGCAAUCCGUACGUAAUUUUAAUACUCUGCGGUU